ACACAGCAUCUUCCCGACCUGACAGCAUCCUUUGAUAUGUCGCUCUCCUCAUCCGACGAGAGCUCCUCAGACUCUUACGUUGACGGUCACGGCGACAGAGCGACGUCGCCGCUUCGCAUAGAUUGUCGGCGUGCUGGCGUCUAUGAGGACGAUGAAGAUGAAUCAGAAGAUGUCGUCCGUGUUGCUGACACGUCACCGAUGCUAGAUGACAGCUUCUCUCUCUCAUCGCAGCACGGCUUCGCUGCUCCCAGCAUCCUCAACUUCAUCGAAGCACCGAACGUUGAGUAUAUGAUGUCGACGUCAAGUCCAGCCUGCUGCAACAUGAUCGACUCUCUGGCAUCGUUCAUGGCUACCGAUGGCUACCGCGACGACAGUUAACAUACCGCGUGUCUAUCGAUGGCAGACGAACCCAUGGAAGCCAACCAGACAACACGAGAUGGUUUAUUACACGAGUAUUAACGCGCGCGUGUGUAAAGCAUUCGUAGAUGAUAUAUAAGCGGUUGUUGAGGAGGACAAUAGCGACAUGUGUCAUCACGUAUAUGUGCGCGACUUUGAACCUGGCUACCGCCAAAAGUAUCCACAUCAAUACGUACAUACAUAAUCGUAUCGAUAUAUUCGUGUUAUUAUAGCGUACAUGUAUACUAUAAGCAUAUUACUUAUUGGACAUAUGAGGCAGUAAAUAUUUGUAUGGUGAUCAAUGCGUGUUGACAUAGUUCUAUAAUGUACUUACUAUCAUGCUUGUACAGAAAAAUGUAACAAUAAAGCACACGUUGUAAGCAGCGUGACUUGCCAACCAUUUUACUUUGAACAUCCUAUAGUGUAAAUACGAACAAGUAAAUUUCGCAUAAUUAUAUGUAUGUUUGUAUAGAAAUUUUGAAUAAUAA